AUGUCAGAAAGUCUCUCAGAUUCUGAUACUGCCAUGCUUGAAUUUGUUCGAAAACACCUUCUUGAAGAUCACGACAUCUCUUGUUCUUUUCCGGCGAGGAAUUCAUCAUUCGACAAACGACUUUACAGCCGGAGUUCAAGCUUCACAAGCCCUUACUCGUUUGAUACAUCCAUCGAACAAUCAUUCACUGUAGAUUCAUAUGUCGAUUCUCUUUCUUCUGUAAUAAGUUCUUGCAAUUCAAGGGUGUGUAGCCCUAGGGCUAGCAAUAGUAUCAACAAUCAAGUUUUUCAUGAUAAUUCUAUAGAGAGUUCAUGCAGUGAAUCGACUAAGAGCCCUAGUUCAAGCAGAUCUCAAUCGCAUUCCUCGAUAAUUCUUGGUUCAGAUAACUCAAAUAUCUUUCAAGUUACAAAUUGGGAAGUCGGACCUACACUUCAUAGCCCGUGCUCACAGAUUUUAACGGAGGAAGCGCAGUUUAAACUUGAUUUCUCACUUGGAAAAGUCGAAAAGAUACAGAAAAGUGAUCAAAAACCUAAAGAUUGGAGACGGUUUAGAGGCGUAAGGAGACGACCAUGGGGAAAGUUUGCAGCUGAGAUAAAGAACCCAUGUAAGAAAGGUGCUCGAAUUUGGCUUGGAACAUUCUCUACACCUGAAGAAGCCGCGUUGGCUUACGAUCAAGCAGCAUUCAAGAUUCGGGGUUCACGAGCCAUGGUUAACUUCCCACAUCUGAUCGGAUCAAAAACCAUAAAACCUUUAUGUUCUUUGUCACAAGUAGCUUUGGAAUGCAAGUUAAAAAACAAAGGCUUCAAAACGGAAACCGAACAUUGA